AUGGCCGGCAGGCCGGACGCCGCCGCUGCCGCCGCUCCGGUGCCGGUGCCGCCGAUCAUCCCUAGUCCUCUAUUUGCGUUACCAACGCUUAAUUUCACCGUGUCUCAGGUCGCGGCCGUUUGUGAAACCCUAGAAGAAAGUGGUGACAUAGAACGACUCGCUAGAUUUCUGUGGUCUUUGCCCGUCGCUCAUCCGAAUAUAUCCGAAUUGAACAAAAAUGAAGCCGUUCUCCGUGCGCGUGCUAUCGUUUCAUUUCACAGUGGUCACUAUCGAGAAAUGUAUUCGAUUCUCGAACACCACAAAUUCGGUAAGGAUUCCCAUGGGAAAUUACAAGCCAUGUGGCUCGAAGCUCACUAUCAGGAAGCUGAAAAAUUACGGGGAAGACCCUUAGGACCAGUUGAUAAAUACAGAGUGAGAAAAAAGUUUCCGCUACCCAGAACUAUCUGGGACGGAGAACAAAAAACUCAUUGUUUUAAAGAAAGGACGAGAUCUUUGCUUAGGGAGUGGUACCUACAAGAUCCAUAUCCGAAUCCUACCAAAAAAAGGGAACUGGCACAAGCCACGGGACUUACUCCGACGCAAGUCGGAAAUUGGUUCAAAAACCGACGGCAAAGGGAUAGAGCUGCUGCUGCCAAAAAUCGGUAG